ACAGCAGGGAGAUUAUCCCUCGGGCUACUAUCUAAGCUAUCAAUUAGACCAUUACAUAUUUUUACAACUUUGGAACAAAAUGGCUUUGACCCAGGAAUGUGUUUUAUCUUUUUUGCUGGAGCACGGAGGCAAAGUGAAGAACUCGGAACUGCUGAACAACUUCAGGAGCCAAAUCAACAGCAGUGAUCCCGCGGAAAAGCAGCACAAUAGGGACCUUUUCAAGAAGCUGGUGAACAGCGUCGCUGUGGUCAAACAGAUCGACGAGGUAAAGUUUGUGGUCGUGAAGAAAAGGUAUCAAGACUUUGUUAAUAAAGAGGUGGCGCAGGAUGCAUCGCAGGACAAGCAGAUGGAUGACAGUUUCUCGAGCCAAAACACGAGCUUUUCGUACACAUCUCCUCAUCGAGCCGAGCAAGCCAGGGUGAUUUAUUCUGACAUCGAGAACAAUAAUAUGUGCUAUCCCUCAAAUAAAAAUGACAGUUAUCAUAGCGAUGCCAAAAGGAAGUCUGAGGGAAGCAUGCAGGAAAGGACACAGUUAUCAAGACACGUGUGUGCGGAUGCGACCACUGUUAAAGUCCUGAAUAUCUCCGGAGAUCAGGCCAGCAGGACGAGGAAAUCUGGAGCUGUGUUUGCUGUCAUCGCAGUCACAUCCCCUCCGAGAGACUCCGCACCAGCGACACAAGAUAAAUCACAUUCCCAAGUGCAUAAUACUUCAGACAAUCCAAUCAGGUUGGGAACCAAAGUUUCUGUACCACCAGUGCCAACUCGCAAUCCUUGCAAGAAGGGCGCACUAGCUGACGCCCAGUGUUGGAAAAACAGACAGACAGUGGACGUGCAACCCCCAGGCUUCCCCUUGGUGAGGCCCCAAAACAAGAGAGAUGAUGCAAAGUACUCAGAGUGUGUGCCUCUGGAGCCAUUAGCUCACGAGUGGUUGGUAAAGUGUGCUGCUGGGCUCUGGGGACAGAUCUAUGGUUUGCUGCUGCAGGAUGCACGGCUAGCACAGAAGAAAGACUUCAUGUCAGGAUUUACAGCUUUGCACUGGGCUGCAAAGGACGGCAACAGCGAGAUGAUACACAAGCUUGUGAAUAUCUCCAGGAAAAAAGGCACUUAUGUUGACAUCAACAGUAAAGCCCAUGGAGGAUACACACCUUUACACAUCGCAGCCAUGCAUGGCCACACUAAAGUCAUGGUUUUGCUUGUUCAAAGUUAUGGAGCUAAUGUCAAUGAAAGAGAUAAUGAUGGCAAGAAGGCCUUCCACUACCUGGGCAAAGGUGUGUCUGCUGAGGUCAGAGGAAUUAUGGGAGGACUGCAGCAGAGCAAGUACAAGGAGAAGACAGACGAUGGAGAAUACAGAGAGCACCCAAAAGGCUUCAACACAAUUAGUAAAUUGUUUCAGCCUCACACAGGAAAGAAACAAAAAACUAAGUUUGUUCAUGAGUGGUGA